CCUGUUGCACAAAAGUAGAAUUAAGACAUCCGGGAUAAAUGACUCAGCUGAGCUCAAUGAAGCCAAAACAUGUGCGUCCAGGCUUAAUUGGUUGCACAAAGACCAAGCCAGGAUGAGCAGACACGGAUUCAUUAAGCCAGGUGAAACCAAUCCUGGAUAGGUGCGAGCUCACGGCUCACUCAAAUAGACCCCGCCACAGAUCACAGAUUAACUGAUUUACCAUGGCAACUAGAGCCGCGUACUUUUCCCCGUCGGAAGCACAAAUCCUCAUGGAGGCAUACGAGGAGGUAAAAGAUAUAAUUAAGAAGAAAGGCAACACCGCCACAGUGAUAAAGCAAAGAGAAAAAGCGUGGCAAAGUAUUGCAGACCGCCUGAAUGCAUUAAACAUGAACGGGCCAAAACGGACAUUGCAGCAGGUCAAAAUCAAAUACAAGAACAUUCUGCAGAAUGGUAUGGUCCCUGACUAAUAUUUAACAAAGCACAAGCAUAUAUUGUACCCAGAAGGUGCCUGCUCACACAUUGUCUGUACUGUUUUAGCAGUGAAAAAGAAUACCCACAGACAAGGCACGGGUGGUGGGUCACCAAAGGCUGACCUUACCCCAGCAGAGGACAUGGCCUUGGAGCUAAAUAAAGGCAGGCCCGUCUUAGGGGGGGAAGAGACGAGCAUAGGUUCCUCCCAAGAUGCCACCCGCUUCAUUCAAGUGUCUGGCAGCACUGUGUUCCUGUUAGAGCCACCAGCACAAGCACCAGACGAUGCUGAUCCAGGUGAAGGCCCCAGUGCAGCAGCAACAGCACAUGAUGGAGACGAUGAUAAUGAGGAGGAGACCAUCUCUCUGGAUUCCAGAAGGCAUGAGGUAUCAUGGACCCAGAUGCUAUACAGUGGGAAAACCAGCCUGGCAACAUAGUGCGUAUUAAUAAAAGGACACCACAUCCUGCCAAAUUCCAGCUGCGCUAAUUGUAUUGUGUUCACAGAGCUCACAAGCUAUCAGAAAGUUGUAUGGCAACUACCUCCGGCGCCAAAUAGAACUGGCAGACAUAGACAUUCAGUACAAGAAGAAAAAGAUGGAAAAUCUUGCACUGGAGUCCGAAAUAAAAAAGAGGACAAUUAGGAAACUGGACCUUGAAAUAAAAAAACUUGAGAGGGAGCUCCAAGAAGAUGACACAGCUCAAAAUAAAAAUUAGCAAUCAGUACAACCAAGUCAUCGUUAUAAGGCAUCGCCCUCUUUUGCCCACCCCCCCAGCACCAGGUGUGGCCACUAGCCUAUAUGAAGGCCCAAAAUUGUGUGUUCCUUUCUGCUCUGACAAUGGCAUGCCCAUUCGUGCGAGAUGUGGUGGAUGAAGAAGCACUUGUGCUGAGGAGAUCCUUCAGGCGAGAAAGGGUCUUCAGGGACCGGUUGGACCCACUGGCCUUCCCUGACGACCAUCUAUAUGAAAGAUACAGGUUUUCUGCAGAUGGCAUCAGGUAUCUAUGCAGACUACUGGGUCCCAGGAUUAAGCACCGCACUGCACGGAGCCAUGCACUGAGUGUGGAGCAAAUGGUUUGUGUGGCCUUGCGCUUUUUUGCUAGUGGAGCCUUCCUGUACUCAGUGGGGGAUGCAGAACAGCUGAACAAGGCCACAAUUUGCCGCACAAUAAGGAGUGUGUGUCUGGCUAUCAAAGCAUUAGCAGAUGUCUUCAUCUCCUUCCCUGGCCACAGAAGACUCUGUGACAUCAAAGAGGAGUUCUAUAGGAUUGCAGGUUUCCCCAAUGUCAUUGGUGCAGUGGACUGCACACACAUAAGGAUAAAAGCCCCCUCAGGUGCCCAUGAGGCCGAUUUUGUGAAUAGGAAAUCCUUUCACAGCAUUAAUGUUCAGAUGGUCUGCAAUGCUGACUGUGUGAUCGGCAAUGUUGUGGCAAAAUGGCCUGGCUCAGUCCAUGACUCCAGAAUCUUUCGGGCCUCUGAAAUCUAUCAGUGCCUAUCACAAGGUGAAUUCUCUGGUGUGUUGCUGGGAGACAGGGGGUAUGGCUGCCAGCCUUUUCUCCUGACACCUUUCACAGACCCCCAGGAAGCACAGCAGGCCUACAACCAUGCCCAUGCCAGGACCAGGGCCAGAGUUGAAAUGACCUUUGGCCUCCUGAAGGCACGCUUUCACUGCCUUCACAAAUUAAGGGUCAGCCCUGUUAGGGCAUGUGAUAUUACUGUGGCUUGUGCUGUCCUCCACAAUGUGGCCUGCCUGAGGAAGGAGAGGGCCCCAGAGUGCCACCAGCCAUGGACUGGGACAAUCCGGCAAUCUUCCCUGAUGACGACAGUGGUCGGCUGCUGAGGGACCAAUAUGUGUUGAAUUAUUUUAGUUAGUAUGUGUGCUUUCAAUUUUGGUUAAAUAUGUCCUGCGGUGGCAGAGGAAUUUGGGUUUUUUUGGGUUCGUUUUUUACGAAUUUGGCCUCUUAUGAUGUUUGUGCGGUAUACUGUGUGUAAUACAAGGCUGCAGGGAGGCUACUGCAUCCAUUCAUUUGUCUGUUCAGUUGAUGUGUAUGGAUUUGUCCUGCAUUUAUUUUAGUGUGCAGACAUGCAGGGUGUGUUAUAUACAGACCUUUGAAUGUGUAUGUAUCAUUUUGUAUAAUAUGCUUGGAUUCUGUGCUUUCCAUCUUGUAGAGUCACUGUGACUUCAGUUUCGAAAGGAGCUGAUGGUUUACCUGCUUUGUUUUGUCCUUAUUCAAUAAAGGAACAUAAUGUUACACAUUGUGUUUUUAUAUUCA